AUAUCAUUCUUGUUGUAACGAUACGCCAGUCAACAUGAAGGUAGCAUUGGUUCUUCUUGCCAUCAGCUUGUCCUGCGCAGCCGUGCCAGCCAAUAGCCCCAAAAAAUCGAUCUUCAAUCGGGGCAGAUGGGACAGACGUACAGAGGAAACUACAACGAUUCGAGUAUACCAACCGAAAUACAAAACAUUGUUUAAUUUCAAACAAUUACCGGCCAGUUCUACUUUUCCACCUAUCCCGACGCAAGUGAUAGAUAGUUAUUCCGCAUCUCCACCAACCAAAACCCCUCGACAUCCAUUACUAGUAGAAGACCUUUCGGUGGAUCUAUCGCUUCCAGCUGCUGCUACAGAACCUUCUGCUUUCUUGUUUUCUGAUUCCAGUUCAUCAUCUUCUCCGGAUUCAACUACACAACCUUCAAAGCCAUCAUCCAUGUUCAGCAUGUCCAAUCUUCUGCGUCCUUCGAAUUCAAUGACCAAUUUUUUCAAAUCACUUUCACGUAACCCCAAAUCUAAUGCUAGUCCGCCUUCAACUGUGAAACCUAAUGCUCUAUCCGACAUGGAACUUCCGUCUUCCAUUAUGAAACCUCCAUCUCUUGUUGCACAACCUUCGACAACUUCCAAACCUUUGACUGGCUCAAGUUCGGUUAGUUUCUCCUCGCCCACCUCUGAAAUAUUUGUUCCAUCGCUGUCCGCAUCUUACUUCAACUCUGCACGUGUUCCAAAAGCGCCAGUUUCUCCAGGAUUUUCAUCCUCAUCUACAGAAACAUCUCGUCCGCAGGGUACAUCUAUCAUAGUGGCUGCUUCUAAUCCUUCGGAUGAUACGUCACUCCCACGUAUCCCGAAAUCAUCGUCAACCGCCGUACACGCUGCUUCUACCGAUGCAUCGAUCACCGGGGACUAUAGUUUCUCAUAUCGCGUCAAUGAUGUCUCUAGUAAUCAAGAUUUCGGCCAUCAAGAAAAUCGAAUUGGAAACAAUACGCAAGGAAGGUAUGACGUCGUCUUGCCUGAUGGCCGCCGUCAGGUUGUUGACUAUCAGGUCUUGAACAAUUCUGGUUACACUGCCGAUGUCUCGUACUUUGGUGAUGUUAUACCUUUCGAGUCUGUCAAACUCACCGAACCACCCAUCAUUGAAAAUACGACGCCUGCACCUUUGUUGAUAACCAACGCGAAAAUAGAAGAAAAUAUGGAAUUUCCUAUCUAGUCUUUCUUUGACAUUGCUCAUGUUUUUGCCAGCAAGCUCUGGUAGAAUACCUUGAUUUUAGUUACCUUUUCAAGUUGAUCUUGGAAUUUAUUCAACCAAAUAAAAGUUUCC